AUGAGAAGUGGUUCGUCAUUUUUUGCUUGUGCCUUUCAUAUGACUAAAACCCAAUCCCGAAGCUUGGGUGAAAACUUCUAUCGUAGGUCCUUUGCGGGCAACGUGUCUGUCUUCGUCAUGAGUGUGAAGGCCGCGAAUGCAGUUCACGCGCACGCAGUCACUCGGGAUUAUAUAUCACAGCCUCGCAUUACCUAUAGGACUGUUUCCGGUGUCAAUGGUCCCUUGGUCAUUUUGGGCGAUGUAAAGUUUCCAAAAUAUGCUGAAAUCGUUCGACUUACGCUUGCCGACGGUACGCAGCGUACAGGUCAAGUCUUGGAAGUCAGUGGGAAAAAGGCUGUUGUUCAGGUUUUCGAAGGUACCAGUGGUAUUGAUGCGAAGAACACGACGUGUGAAUUCACUGGAGAUAUUUUGCGAACACCAGUCUCCGAGGACAUGCUGGGUCGUGUUUUUAACGGUUCCGGAAAGCCCAAAGAUAAGGGACCUUCUAUUCUGGCCGAAGACUACCUAGAUAUCCAAGGCCAGCCCAUCAAUCCCUCGUCAAGAAUCUACCCAGAAGAAAUGAUCCAGACAGGCAUUUCGAGUAUCGACGUGAUGAAUUCUAUUGCCCGCGGUCAAAAGAUUCCCAUCUUUUCCGCCUCUGGGUUGCCACAUGAUGAAAUAGCUGCACAGAUUUGUCGUCAAGCAGGUCUUGUGAAAGUCUCGAACAAGAGUGUGAUGGACUCAGAUGUAGAAAAUUUCGCCAUCGUGUUCGCUGCUAUGGGCGUAAAUAUGGAGACAGCCAGGUUUUUCAUGCAAGAUUUCAAAGAAAACGGUUCAAUGGAGAAUGUUUGUUUAUUUCUUAACUUGGCCAACGAUCCUACAAUCGAACGUAUCAUUACCCCACGGAUCGCUCUAACUACUGCCGAGUAUUUAGCCUAUCAAUGUGAAAAACACGUAUUGGUUAUCCUAACUGACAUGAGUUCGUAUGCAGAGGCGUUACGCGAGGUUUCAGCAGCGCGUGAGGAGGUUCCUGGUCGACGAGGUUUUCCGGGUUACAUGUACACCGAUUUAGCUACCAUCUACGAGCGAGCCGGUCGCGUGGAGGGUCGAAGUGGAUCGAUAACGCAAAUUCCCAUCCUAACUAUGCCAAACGAUGAUAUUACUCACCCGAUUCCGGACUUGACUGGUUACAUCACUGAGGGACAAAUCUAUGUUGAUAGACAACUGCAUAACCGUCAGAUCUAUCCUCCGAUCAACGUUCUGCCUUCCUUGUCUCGGUUGAUGAAGUCAGCCAUUGGCGAAAACAUGACUCGUGAGGAUCAUUCGGAUGUGUCUAACCAACUGUACGCUUGCUAUGCCAUUGGUAAAGAUGUCCAGUCUAUGAAAGCUGUCGUUGGUGAAGAGGCUCUGAGUCCUGAGGAUUUAUUGUACCUGGAAUUCCUAACAAAGUUUGAGAAAAACUUUAUUACUCAAGGUGCAUAUGAGAACCGCAGUGUUUUCGAUUCUCUCGACAUCGGCUGGGAACUUUUGCGUAUUUUCCCUAAAGAGUUGCUCAAGCGCAUACCAGAAAAGAUCCUUGACAAAUACUACCCACGCUAA